ACAAAUUCACUCGCAUUCAAACCUGAAACUCUCUCUUCUCUCUCUUCUCUCUCCGCCCUUCAUGCCAUGGCAGACUCCCCCUACCAAGAGCUCCGAUUCGGCUUCGAAUCGGCUCGGCUCCGUCUAGGCUCGGCGUCUCUAAGCCCCCUCCUAUCCUCCCCCUCCACGCGGCGCCUCUCCAUUGGAAGCGCCGGGCGGCCGAGUCGCCGCGGGCGUGACAAUGCGCCUGCGGCGGCUAGACAGCUGUCCUGGAUGUCCCUCCAGGGGUGGCUGGCAGACGCGGACGAGGCCACGUCGGCUCGAGCCAUUAAGGGGGGCUUGGAGCCGGAGCAAGCCGUGGCUUGGGAGCUCUUUACCCCCAUCCAGAGGAUUCUCUUCGUCGCCGUUAUAAGCGUCGCCGCCGCGGAGUCGAAGAAGAACCGCCUCGUUUCGCAGCUGAAGAAAUCUGUGGAGUUUAGGGAUCAGGUGUUAUCGAACAUGCAGCAGAAGCUUGACAGUCUAUGCGCGCAGAUAAGUAACAUAAAGGACCACUCUGGAACUGUGACUCCGGUCAUGUCCCCAAUGAAGAACAUAGAAUUGCAAUCCAAUGAAGAGUUUGGUUGUGCUAAAAUCAAAUUUGUUGAUUGCGGUUGUUGGCUUUGUGAUCAACAUCGUGAUCUUUCUGAUGGUCUGGUGGGUAAUAAUGAUAUGAAAGGAUCCAAUGGGUAUGAGAUGCUACAAUAUAAAAUGUCUCUCGAUCAUGUUGUAGCAGAGCAAGAGGAACGCCGCAUGUCUGAUUUAUCAGACAUGGCAUCAAGUGUCACAUCUGCUGCUGACUUCCAGCUGAACAGCUUAGCUAUUGAACAAGACAUACACAAUCUCAGAAGGGAUUGUCAAGAGAAAGAUGGGACCAUAAGGGAGCUAACCUCUUUGCUCCACUCAUCUGAAACUGCUGGUUCAAAGAGGAUUGCAGAGUUGGAGGACGUAAUACGUAGGAAAAACUCUAUAAUUACAAGACUAAAGAGGGACAUGGCGGUUUUAGAGCAGAAGGUAGUACACCAUGCAAGGCUUCGGAGAUCCUCUUACUCUUCUUCCUCAGAUGAUGCAGACUUCGCAGACCCUCUUCCAAAAGUUCCACACAUGGCAGACAAUCUUCUUUAUGAUAUGGAUAGUACUACUAGCCCUUCGUCUUCCGAUUCAGAUAGUUCCUCUCCUGUGAACCGAGCAUGUGCUCCUGUUUCUAGAACUCCAGAGAUUGCUAAAACUCUAGAGACUUCUUCUCAGAGUUUUAAGUCUGCUUCAAUAGGCCAGAAAUCAGUGCCAGAAAAGGUCUCAAUUUCUAUGGUGGAACAACCAUCUAGCCGGCGCACAUCAGUGUCUCCUUUGAAAGAGAUAACUAUGAAUUCAAGGCAUUUACGAUCAGUGAGCACAAAAUCUCGACCAGUGAGUCCAAGAUGGCAACCAUUGAGUCCAAGGUCCCAACCGGCAAGUCCCUUAUCCCCCUUUUCAAAAAGACCUCAACCAGCAAGUCCAAGUUCCCGUCCAGCAAGUCCCUUAUCCCCCUUACCAAAAAAAUCUCAGCCAGCCAGUUCUAUAAAAAAUCCAGUACAUCACAAACUUCAAGGCCAAGGCAGUUAUCAGCUAGUGGGGAUUCAAAAAUGAGUAAAAGGCGUUAUCUGCCUCAACAAAAGGAAUCAAAGGAUGCUACUCCACAUAAGAGAUGGGCUUAGUAAGGUUGAUGUGAGAAUGAUACGUGCGCAAUUCGGAGAUUGUUCAUUCUAGUUGAACAUGCUUUUUGAGUAUAUAUAUACAUGGAAUCAGGCUAGUAUAUAUUAUAGGUGUUGGGACUUUUGCCUUAAUGUUAAGAUGUUGCUGCUAAACAUAGAAUUGCAGAGCUGCAGCAGUAGUUAGGUGGACAUCUUUUACUUGAUUCAUUGUGAUAUGACUUUCUUUGAGUUGAAGAUGAUCUCAUUAUUUAAGCCGUUUCAUUAUGGUUCAUACAGCAUUAUUGUGGAAACUUGUCGUGCAAGUCAAAUCUGAUGCAAUAUGGGAACCAAAACAACCCAUAGAUGUUCCAGAUAAUACCCUAUAGAGGAGAGAGAAGGGAGUAAGAAUGAUGGAUGUAGAUGAUGAUUUGCUUUGUAUCUGAGAAAACUCUUCCAUAGAUGGAAUCAUUUAAGAGGAACAAUAAUGGAACAGCAGCCAAGUUUGAAUUUUUUGAA